UCAUCGCUACUUCGAGUUUUGUACCGUGUGAGCUUCGAGGUUAAGCAGUCACGAAAAUGGCUGGUGGUGAAGAUGUUGUUGUUGCUCACGAUAUUCAGUCUGUUCUCUCUUCUUCGGAGAGGGACUAUCUCGUUCGGAACAACGGCGAUCAGGUUAAAAUCGAGAGCUUAAAGGGGAAGAGGGUUGGUUUAUAUUUUUCAGCAUCUUGGUGCGGUCCCUGCAGACAAUUCACCCCUACUUUGGUGGAGGUGUACAACGAAGUCUCUGCUAAAGGUGAUUUUGAGAUAAUCUUUGUGUCAGCUGAUGAAGAUGAAGAUGCCUUCAAAGGUUACUUUUCCAAGAUGCCGUGGCUUGCCAUCCCAUUCUCCGAUUCUGAUACAAGGAGUCACCUUGAUGAAUUGUUCGAGGUGCAGGGGAUUCCCCACCUUGUAAUCCUUGAUGAGAACGGGAAAGUUGUCACUGAAGAUGGAACAGAGUUUGUACUUGAGUAUAGAGCUGAAGGAUACCCUUUCACAGCAGAGAGGAUCAAAGAGUUGAAAGAUCAAGAAGAGGAGGCCAAGAGGAACCAAUCUUUGAGAUCUCUUUUGGUCUCCAAGUCACGUGACUUUGUUAUUUCUUCUGAUGGAAAGCAAGUACCUGUGUCUCAACUUGAGGGGAAGACCGUAGGUCUGUAUUUCUCAUCUUUUUCAUUUGUACCAUCCGCUGAAUUUACUCAACAGCUUGUCGAGGUUUAUGAGAAGCUGAAAGCGAAGGGUGAGGACUUUGAGAUUGUGUGGAUAUCCGUUGGGGAUGAUGAAGAGUCUUUCAAGGAGGGACUGAAAAAUCUGCCCUUCUUGUCAUUGCCCCUCAAUGACAAGAGCUGCAAGAAGCUUGCUCGCUACUUUGAGCUAUCAACCUUGCGCACUUUGGUUAUUAUUGGGCCAGAUGGAAAAACCCUUCAUUCCAAUGUGGCUGAGGCCAUUGAGGAGCACGGCGUUGCUGCAUAUCCUUUUACUCCCGAAAAGUUUGCAGAGCUUGCUGAGAUAGAGAAGGCCAAAGAGGCAGCACAGACCCUUGAAUCAAUUCUGGUUUCUGGAGAUCUUGAUUUUCUCUUGGGGAAAGAUGGGGUCAAGAUUCCAGUGUCAGAUUUAGUGGGUAAGACGGUCCUCCUGUACUUCUCAGCUCACUGGUGCCCACCAUGCCGUGCAUUUCUACCAAAGCUUAUUGAAGCAUAUCACAAGAUCAAGGCUAAAGACAAUGCACUCGAAGUGGUGUUCAUAUCCAGUGAUAGCGACCAAGCAUCGUUUGAUGACUUCUUUGCUGGAAUGCCAUGGCUGGCUCUUCCCUUUGGUGACUCCAGGAAGUCAUCCCUGAGCCGCAGAUUCAAAGUGCGAGGCAUCCCCAUGCUGGUGGCCAUCGCACCCGGUGGCCGGACCCUCACAAGGGGAGCCAGAGAGCUUGUCGCGCUUUAUGGUGCUGAAGCUUAUCCUUUCACUGAAGAAAGGGUGACACAACUUGAGGCAGGUACCAACGAAGAAGAGGAGAAUGAGAAAGAAGGGUGGGUUUGUGAUGGAGAGGUUUGCUCUAAGGCCUGAGCAAAGUGAAGACUGUUUGUUGCAUCAUUUCUAUCUCAGGCAUCUUAUUGUGUGUAUUUCAAAAUUUGUGUAAUAUUAUGUUGGGCUUGAAUAUCAUAAAUAAAUAAAAAUGUAGUUACCAAAAAAAUAGAUGCAAUCCUUUUAUCUUUCUUAUUAUGCAUUAUGGAUUGUGAUUUCUUAUCUUAAGAAGUGAGGGAAGCUCAAGUUAAACCAAGAGGUGUGUUUUUAUUAAGUGU